AUGACUGCAAAAGCAGAGCUCUCAAGCUGGCCGGAGUACCCAGAGGAUUUCGCUCUGUUGCAGCAGCGCAACCUUGCUCACAUCAACUCCAAAACUUGGAUUUCUUCUAAUUCACUCCAUGCCUUCUCCAGGAGGGACGCGCACGGAGCUGCAGACGCGGGCCUCUCACUGGAGAAACUUGUGCCAAUGAGUAAACUUCCUGACUGCCAGUCUGCUGCAGGCAUCACAGAGACACACUCUGACAAGGCAGCAGAGGGGGGAAAGGCGAUCCACUUUGGCCCGCAGAAACACAGACGCGUCGCAGCCAACGCCAGAGAGAGGAGGAGGAUGCACGGCCUCAACAAAGCGUUUGACGAGCUGAGGAGCGUCAUUCCCUCUCUGGAAAACGAGAGAAAGUUGUCCAAGUAUGACACCCUCCAAAUGGCGCAGAUUUACAUCACUGAGCUGUCGGAGCUGCUGGCUGGUGUGGUUCACCCGGAGUGCAGGAGUCCCCGUCCAGGCUCAGCGGACAAGACCUCCAAGAGGAGUCUGAUUCACUCCCUGCGGCCAGCAGCCACUGCGCCGCCCCCGAACCCGCUGACCGGAGAACAGCGGGAGCCCUCCGCCUCCGUGGGCCACCUCAUUAUAUUUGGACCCGCAUCGGACUUGGGGUCAGAUCAAUCAGUGACUUCUUCCAACAGCAGUGAUGGGGAAUGUUCGCACCUCAGUGACAUGGAGGAGAGUCUGGGUGGAAGACAGUAA